AAUGACUUGCGACCGAGUAACUCCGACUCUCGUCAGUCUCGAGUCUACUUUUUCGUGGUGACUUGCGGAAACGCCAUAUAUAAGAGAGGUAGAUUCUACACCGGAGUCUAGAUCUAUUCGUUGUCAGCAGUAGUACAGACUACAGACUACAGUACAGUACGGUACCGGAUUGUGGAGCGAUCAAAAAUAGUUUGUGAAUCUUUUAUCGAAGCGCUCACUGGGCGAUAUCGCGAUGGGGCUAUAGCGCUACUUCACCUGUCGAUGUCUUGAAGCUACAAACUGUUCACAUAAACUUUUGCACUAACAUCCGACCAUCGCGAUAUCGCGAUCGGAAGAACACAUCAGCAUUAUUUCCUUGUGUCAGUUUUUGGUUUACGUAGCAAGUGCUAGUCGCAGACAGAGCAACGGGAGUUCAGAGGGCGACUUUGAAGGCCGACUUUCGGUCUAUUUAGCAGUUUUCCUUGCACAGGAAGUUAGUUGUGCAAAGCACUGGUAGACUGGCAGAAUGGCGACAACUCCGGAGGAGCAGAAGGCGCUGAUGACCUUGUUUGGCCGCAUGGUGAAGGGUAGGUCUGCGGAGUCUGCGGAAGCCGGUGCUCAGCUGAAGACUCGUCCUUCGGAUGUUAUCAUUAGCACGUCUCUGAAGUCGGGCACAACCUGGGUGCAGCAGAUCUGCCACCAAUUGCGUAGCGGCGGCGACAUGGACUUCGUGGAUAUCAGUGACGUCAUACCGUUUCUGGAGAUGGCCAAAGACUUGGACAUAGAGGUGGAUUGCGAUCAGAAAUUCGAGCCGCGCAUGUUCAAGACUCACUUCUGGGAGCCUCACACUCCCAAGGACUGCCGCUACAUCAUCGUAUCGAGGCAUCCGUACGACGCAGCGAUCUCCUUCUUCCACUUCGUCCAGGGCUGGUAUUUCCCGACCGGCGACAUCUCGCUGAAUACGUUCACGCGCGAGGUGUUCCUGCGGAUGGCCGCGCCGCGCAGCGCGUACGAUUUCCCGUCGCCCGCCCACCACCAGGCGUCAUGGUGGCCCAGACGUCACGACAACAACGUACUCUGGCUGCUCUACGAGGACCUGAAAGAAGACCUGGAGAAGAACGUGCGCAGGAUCGCGGCGUUCCUGGACAUUACCGAUGAGGAGCGCAUCCAACUAGCUCUACGGCGAUCAACGUUCGACUACAUGAAGGAGCAUCGGGAGCACUUUGAGGAGCAGACCAACAAGCGGAUCAUCAACCCCCUCGUUGGGCUGCCCCCGGAUGCCGGCAAAGGUGUGGGGAAAGUACGCGUGGGCGGUGGCCAGCGUGCGUUGCUCAACGAGGAGAACAAGGCGGCGCUGGACAAAGUCUGGGCGGAGGCGGCAGAGCCGAUUCUCGGUGCCAAGGACUACGACGAGUGGAGAAGCAAGUGGCAUGCAGAAUGCCAACAGCAGCGUCAGGACGCUGGUUCAUCAACUUAAUCGGUUAAGCUGUUCAAGCUGGUGUGCAGCUCGAACAUAGCUUUAAUACUCGGCUCUGAGCAUUACAAUUGGACGUCCGUGAUCCGCAUACUCCAGUUGGAGUAAAUAUGUCUACACAUGACGUAGCCCCAGCUGUCUUGAACAGAUUUCCUUAUAUGAUUAUUGUCAAUAUGGAGCCAUGACACUCUUGCUACACUUCACAUUGAUCUGUAUUCAUGGCGUAUCCUGGAUAAUGCGGACUUCCAAUGCCUAUAAAUAUUUUUUUUAGAAAUUACUUGGAGUUGCAUGCAACUCCCUCAAACUAGUGGUAUGAGCAGGAAAAUUAUAAUUUUUCUUGCCUUGA